UUAUAGGGCACGAAGGGCCGGGGCGCCGCCAAAGUCCCCGGCGGUCGCACGGUGCGCUGCGACGCUCGCGUCUGCCGGGCCACGCCAGCCCCGUGCCCGCCGGCCCGCGCAUGGCCCCGGCGUCGCUCGCCAUGAACCUCUCUGGGCUCCGGCCGUGUGGCGGGGACCGCGCGGGGCCCGGCCCGCUGCCCUUCAGUGUAGAGGCGCUGCUGGAGGCGCAGCGCGGGCUGGGCGCCGAGCCCGCGGAGCCCCGAGAGGAGAGGGCGCGGGGCCCUGCGGAGCCCCGGGCCUGGUUCCCGCCGGCCGCCCGCUCUUCCUCCCCACGCGCCCCCAGCCCUCCACCCUGCACCCUCCGAAAACACAAGAACAACCGCAAGCCCCGGACGCCCUUCACUACCGCGCAGCUGCUGGCGCUGGAGCGCAAGUUCCGCCAGAAGCAGUACCUGUCCAUCGCCGAGCGCGCCGAGUUCUCCAGCAGCCUGAGCCUCACCGAGACGCAGGUCAAGAUCUGGUUUCAGAACCGCCGAGCCAAAGCCAAGCGGCUGCAGGAGGCCGAGCUGGAGAAGCUGAAGCUGGCGGCCAAGCCGCUGCUGCCCGCGUUCGCCGUGCCCUUGCCCCCGGGCGCCCACCUGCCCGGCUCCCCGGCCGCUUACGGCGGCGCUGCGGGCACCCUGCCGCAGGUGCCAGGACUCCUCGCCCGGCCCUUCACCGCCUACGGCGUGUAUUACCUCUCCUAGGGCGGCCUGGACACACGCCCGCGGGCCGGCGGUGGCCUGGGGGGUCCGCCGGGGCAGGCGGGCGCAGGGUGGGGAGCUGCGCCCUGGCCGCGCCUCGGUCCUCACGGAGUCUCCCGCGCCGCGUCGGUCUUUUUAUGUUUUGUUUUCCAGGGUUUUUUUGUUUUUGUUGAUACGAUGGUAUAACUGAUGCCUCGAGCCCAUUUGCGGGUGUCUUACAAAUAUUUAAAACUAUUUUAAAAUCAUGUUCCUACUAGACAAACUUUUCUGAAAGACUGAGGACGUAGUUUCAUCCAGUUCCCACGGAAUGGACCGCGGUAGAGCUUCCUGUUUUGUCCAAAGCAGCCGACAAAGCGUUUUGGAGUUCACUGUGCGGAGCGCCUCGCCCCCUCCCCCCGCCCGCAACCACCCGCUCUGAGAAGUCGCGGAAUUGUUUGGGACAAAGAAGCGAGAACGACACUUUGGUGCCUGGACCCCAAAGUAAAAGACGCGAAAUGCUUUCA